AUGACCAACGGUUUCGGUUGGACGGUCAAAUGGAAUCAAUGCAGCACGAAGACUUGCGCAACUGAACUUCCAGUAAUGGGCCCAUGCAAAAUGAUCUGGGAGGUACCUGGGCGGAUGCUGUCGGGGCCUGGGGUGGCCGGGCGCAGGGCCGGCCGUACUUUUAUAACGCCCGUCUCAGGUGCGGCUGGGGCAUCAACCUGUGCGCCCACCGAGCGGGCGUUGCUGAUGAUGGGCCCGGCUGAGGUGGGUGCACUGCUGGGUGCAAUUCCUCCGCACCCAGCUGCACCCAGCCGGGCGCCGCCGCUGCUGGCCAGUUGGCUGGCGGCGGCGGCGGCGGCGGCCGCGGCGGCAUAUAGCCGCAACUAUCAACUGCUGUAA